GUGAGUUUCUGUCUUCCAACAGGCAGCUCAAAAUCCAGGAAGAGUUGAUGUUUCAGUUUGAGUCUGAAGUCUUGUGACAGGAGGGGACAGCUGCAUUUCCCCACUCCAGCUAUAAAAAGCCCUAACCACCUAAGUCAGUAGAGGACGUGCAGCGGACAUUCAGGAUACCUCAAGGAAGGAGCUUGAGCCCAGAACCAUGUCAAGACUCCCCGUCCUGCAGCUGCUCCAAGCUCCCCUGAGGUGUUGGGUGACUCCCAAAGCCCACAUCUCUGCCAAGCCAGCCAAAACUCCCACUUCCCCUAUGGAGCAGACUGUGGGGAUCUUGACCAUAUUCCUCAGUUUCCUGGUUCCUGCAGGCUGGGUCUUAUCCCACCUAGAGGGCUACAAGAAAAGCACCACAGCAUGAAGUACAGUUUAAAGGGCACAUUAAACUCUUCUUCCACCU